CUAUGUGCAACUUGACAGUGGUUUACUCGUUUCCCAGGCUAACCAACCAUCAGACGGCUGUUCAAACAGGAGACAUGGGACUGUGGUCACCGAGGGGGGGGGGGGAGACUCUUCCCCACAACAAGUCAAACUAAAGGAAGGAAGGCAUAUCCAGCUGAAGCUGUUCAAUGGAGCCACUACCUUUUCACCUGUAUUUCUAAUUUCUACUCAAUAAUGGACCGGAAGAGAGACAACUUAAAUGAGAACUGAAGUUAGCCGUGCACUUUUGAUACCUUAGGGCAAAGUGCCACACCUUCGCUUAGCACCACAGCUCUACCACACAGCUGGCCAAAUGGGGUGCCAAUGCUGCAGGAUGAUAAAAAGCUACAUCUAUGACCCCUCGGUGGCGGUGGAUGGGAGGAAGUCCGACUCUGCAGCCAACUCGCUCUACCAGCCCCAACGCCAUCCCGGCAGCGACCUGCUCCCCGACCUCAACCAGCAGAAGCAGGGCUUCAACAACCUGGGUUACAGCAAGUCCAACGAGAGCACACUGAAACUAGAGGUGGACAACAACCACGUCAACUACGUCAAGCACGCGGCCCCUGCAAAGGAGCUGCUCCGGCAGGGGAGCACGCCAGCUGCAGACGGAGGCCUGUACAUCAUCCAGCCAGAGUCACUGGGACCGAGAUGGGUCAACCAGGAAAGAGGCCCGAUCCAGGUGCCCAUUUACCCCAACAUACAAGACGAGUACGAGAACCAGAGGAGCCAGGGCCAGCGGGGAUGCAGAGCAAUGAGAAAUGAGUGGGACAGCUCCAUCAUUGAGUGUGUGAUUGGCAGAGAAAGCCUGUCAGCAGAUGAGACAGACGAGGGCGUGGGCGGGACACCGGAGCCCCCGUGCGACACGGGGGACGACUGUAGCGCCCUGUCGGUGGACGUCCACACCAGCACCACCAGCCUUUCCUCGGCUGACACCAGGGAUGAGCCCACACUGCCAAAGAGUCUGGAUGUAUCCACCAUCGAGAGCGGGAUCUCGGUGAUGAAGAGCGAUGACGAGGAGGAGGUGCACAGCGUUACGGACUCGAUGGUGGCCGAGGCCCUCGCUGCUUUGGAGGCCGCCACUGCCGGGGAGGACUGUGAGUGACAGACCCCCCGCGCUGCCUCUCGCUUAUCACCAAAUAAGACCUGAAUGUGACUUGAUGGAGCAUUCCAACCCCCUUUGUGUUUUUAUCAAAGAGCAUGGAACGAAUGAAGGAAAACUCUCCCUACAAAAAUAAAUACAGAUGUUAUUUUUUGAACUCAAAAUGUUAGAUAUUUUUUUAUUGUGGUUAUACUGACAGAAGAUGAUGUCUGCCUUGUGAAUGAGGCAACUUUUUCAAUACCACAAAUGAACGGAUGUGUAGACUGCAGCCAUAUCGGCCUGUUUUGUAUCAAGUGUAUUUAACACUCCAUGGUCCUAAUGAGCCUGUAUGUGCUCACUCACUACUUUGCCAUGUCCAUACUGCCCUUGUUAGAAAUUAGAAGAAAACCCAACAUGUUGCCUUUAUCACAUUUUGGCUCAUUUUUGGAGCAAAGCUUUGAUAAAUGCAAGCCUAGAGUCAAUAUUUCCUUUGUAAACAGAUUAUGCCAUGGCUUGCUUACUCUUCAGGAACCUCGCUCUCGUUUCACUGAGCAGGCGAAAGACUAAAGGUCAUUUUUUUUUAUACCUAUUUUGUCUCUAUCUCUUGUUAUUUAUAUCUUCCCUUGUCAUCCUUUUUUGAUUCACUGUGAGAAGAAACUGGAUGUUGUUGGAGAGAGAACGAGGAAGCGGUCUUAUUUAUAUCUUAUUGUUUUCAUCAAUAUUGUAUCUACUUUGAAAUUUAGAAAAAUUAGUGAACACAGUCCUUUUUAUGUCAACUGAAAAUAAUGUAACUUGUUGCACAACAUUACAAUGUAAGACCAUAUCAGAUCUAUUCACAUUUAAAUCUUCUGCACGUUACCAAAGUGAAAUGUACCACCUGGACAUUUCUCUCACCUUGCCUUAGUUUUUCAACUUUAGCUGAAUUUUGAAUUAUUGAAUUAUUGGUAAAUAAACCACAAAGAGUCCAUCAAUUUACCCUACUAGCUCGGUUUUUUAUUUAUUUUGUAAGACAGGCUUUGUGUUUUUUAGUCUGGCCAUUGACAUUAGUUCAAUCUGAAGCUUGUUUAUGUGCCUAAUAACGAACUAACUGAGGCUAGAUGGUUCAGAGAAAAGAGUGUGUUAAAGCUUUAUGAGCUGUUGUGAAUUAUGACGUUCUUAUUUUCUUUCACCGCAUCUCACCUUUACACUCAUUGUUUGCCUGCCAAAUCAUUUCUACGUAUUAUAUAUGUAUUGUAAAAUAAAGGAAUGUACUUU